GGAAGCGCGGCCAUGGCGCUGGGCGCGACGCUCUCCAAUCCCAUCCGCGCCAGAGCUCCGCGCAAGGAUCGCUUCGCUGGAUCAGACAGGGAAAUCCUCCGGAGAUACAAUGCAAUGGUGCAACAAGGAAUGCGAUCGUUCAGCAUCGGACUCGUGCUCGCGGCAUUGAAAAUCUGCAAGAAUUCCAGGGACCUUGGCAGCGGCAGGAAGAUCCACAGCGAUCUGGUAGCCAGCGGCGACAACGCAAACGUGGUCGUGGCCAACACGCUGGUGGAUAUGUACGCAAAGUGUGGCAGCAUGGCGGAGGCUCUGGCGGUGUUUCGAGAGCGGAGAUGGGGAGUUUGCUCUCGAGCUCUACGCGGCAAUGGAGGAAGAAGGCGUCUCUCCAAACCGCGUCACGCUUCUAGCGGCUUUGAAGGCCUGCGCUAGCCUGGCGGAAAAGGGAGAUCUUUCCGUGAGAUCCAGAUGCCUGGACCGAGGCAUUUUGAUCCACGAGCAAGCUGCCAGGAGCCAAGACGAUCUCGAGGUGGCGGUGGCAACGAGCCUGAUGGAUAUGUACACCAAGUGUGGUGCCAUGGUGGAAGCUCGCGGGAUUUUCGAGAAGAUGGAACGGCGGGACUCGGUGUCAUGGAACUGCAUCAUUCUUGGCUAUGCUCUCGCCGGGGAUGGAAGCCUGGCCCUAGAGCUCUUCGAGAGGAUGAAGAUGGAGGGCUGUGUUCCAGACUCGGUGACUUACGUUGCGGCUCUCAAGGCUUGCUCGAGCUUGGCAGAGGCAGAGGCGGAAGCCCCGGGGCUAGACGGGAAGCUCGUCAAGGCCGGGAGUUUUGAGACCGGGAGAAGGAUCCACAGGCAGGCUUCUCAGGGAGGGGACGAGUCGGACUUGUUCGUGGCGACAACGCUGGUGGACAUGUACGCAAAGUGUGGCUGCAUGGCCGAAGCUCGCAGUGUCUUUGGGAGGAUGGAGGAGCCCAGCGUGGUGUCCUGGACGGCGGUGAUCCUCGGCUACGCUCAGACUGGGGAAUGCGAGCUCGCGCUCCAGUUCUACGCCCGGAUGAAGCAGCGCUUCUGCGUCCCGGACGCCUUCACUUACGUCGCUGCGCUCAAGGCCUGCGGGAGCUUGGGUGCGCUGGAGAGAGGGAGAAGAAUCCAGGCUGAUAUCUCCAGCGCGGGUCUCCAGGGGGACGUAUUCGUGGCCAACGCGCUGGUGGAUUUCUUCGGCCAGGUUGGGAGCAUGGGCGAGGCGGAGGAGGUGUUCCAGACCAUCUCCCCGAAGAACUUGGUCUCGUGGAGCGCUCUCAUGGCCGGGUAUAGCUUCCAAGGCAACGUUGGACGAGUUCUAGAGCUGUUCGAGAGGAUGCGGAGGGAGCAGCCGGGGAUCCGACCGGACGAGAUAACUUUCCGGACGAUUCUCACGGCUUGCAGCCACGCCGGGAUGGUGGACAGGGGGAAGGAGUGCUUCGAGGAGAUGGCUGGGGUGUUUGGGAUCCGGCCGGGGCUGGAUCACUACAACUGCAUGGUGGAUCUUCUGGGACGAGCUAACCAUCUGGAAGAAGCGGUGGCUAUGGCGAGAGAGAUGCCGUUUGAGGCGACCCUGGUGACUUGGACGACGAUCCUCGGGGCGUGUCACAAGUGGAAGGAUGUGGAGGCGGCGAGGGUGGCGUUUGAUGCGGUGGUGGCGAUGGAUCCCAAGCACGCUGCUGCGUAUGUGCUCAUGUCCAAUAUCUAUGGAUUUGCCGGGAUGUGGGAGGAGCAAGCUCGAGUCAUAGAGAUGGGAAGGCGAAACACGAUAGUUGCGUGAGAUGGUAAAAAUUAACGAAUAUUAUAAAGUUGUUGGAACCUGUUAUUCUAUAA